GUACUAUUUUAUUCAUCAUGCUGAUGCUGAAGCUAGCUUUUCUGCAAUUCUCUCCAAAAAACCCUGAAUGUAUAGAUAAUGCUGGCUUUGAUAUAGUGAGAAAAAGAUGCUGUGCUCAUUAUAGAACUAUUGGAUUGAGAUGUUUCCCUUGCAUAGGAUCCUUUGGAAUAGAAUGCAUGCAAAAAUGUCCAGAAGGGUUUUAUGGUGUUCAAUGCGCAGAAGUGUGUUCUUGUACCAAAUGUAACAAAACAACUGGUGAUUGCUUCAACAAAACAAUGACUUCAACAGAAGAACCACACAGAAACAGUGAAUCCCAAAUAAUAUCAAUAUUAAGUGGAGUAGGAUUAGUUUUGGGAGCAGUUGUAAUAAUUAUUCUGUUCCUCUUUUCAUACGUAAUGAACAGAAAACUCAAGAUUAAAAAUGGCUUGUACCAAGAGUAAAAAGAAAAUUGCAACGAUGAAAAUUCGCAAUAUUAUAGUUCCAUUGAAGAUCAUGUAUAUCAAGAAUGAGGACAUUUUAGGGUCAUAAAACUUGAAAAUCGAAUCGAGAAUCAAUUUUAACAAUAAUGUUAAUAUAACUGUAAUAUAUAAUUAUAUA